AUGGCAGUAACAAUUUGUCAAGUGAUGGGCUUUGUUCUGGGGACUUUGGGGAUGGCUGCAGCCAUUGCAGCCACAGCAAUGGACCAAUGGAGCACAGAAGACCUCUUUGACAAUCCUGUGACAUCGGUCUACAGCUACUGGGGCCUAUGGAGGUCAUGCGUCAGACAGAGUUCAGGCUUUACAGAAUGCCGCCCAUACUUUACCAUUCUUGGUCUGCCAGGUCUCUUCCAAGCUGUGAGAGCAUUGAUGAUAGUUGGAAUUGUUAUUGGUGCAAUUGCUGUCCUUAUUGCCAUUUUCGCUCUGAAGUGUAUUAAAAUGGGUAGUAUGGAAGACAACAUGAAGGCCAAUAUGACCUUAACAUCUGGAAUCAUGCUAAUCCUCGCAGGAAUUUGUGUAGUUGCUGGAGCGUCUAUAUUUGCAAAUUUUGUUGUGAGCUCCUUCAUGAUGACCACCUUUAGCACCACUGAAUUUGGAGGAAUGGGCUCAAUGGCGGGAAUGGGCAUUGGAUCAAUUGGAGGACCACUUACUCCCAGGUACACAUUUGGGGCUGCCCUCUUUGUUGGUUGGGUAGGUGGGGGUGUAUUGGCAGUGGGUGGGAUCAUGAUGUGUGUUGCCUGCAAGGGACUGCAGCCAGAAAAAACUCGCUUUAACACAGUACCUUAUAAAGCUCCUUCACACUACACAAUGUACAAGUCUGAGGACAGGCAAAGACCCGUUGCCAGCGAUUACAAAGUUCGAAGCGAAGACGGCAGAAGAUCCAACCAAAGAUUUGACUAUGUUUAA